AUGCAAUUCUCGGAUAUGGCGACGACAAAGGAGGCACAAGAAGUUGUAAACGCAACUCACGCAGCUAUGGACCCACCUCAUUUUUCGAACACAACAAGCAGCUCAGAUCCUGAUAAGACAGAUGCAUCAUCGUCGAAGAUCGCAGGGGAUGACAUGAAGGAUCUCUUUGAUAUUUACAAGAUGAAGGAAGCUGAAGUGACGAGAUUGACCUCUUCCCUCAACGACUCUCUCCAACAGAUUGCCAAUCUGUCUGAUUUCAUAACAAGUCUGCAAAGUGAAAAUGCCAACAUUAAGAUCAAAAUGAAUGAAUUAAGAGAGUGGAAUGCGGCCUUGCUGGCUUCUAAACAGCAGUGUGUCGACAACAAGCAUCUCCGCAAGGAAGAGGAGCUGAGACAAGACUCAACAAGUGAACCUCGUGAAAGCACGAGCGCGCAGGAGUACACAAGUCAAGUUGUAAAAGGGCCGAGCGAUGUGAGACCAAGUGUUCUUCCCUGGCUUGUCUGA